CUCAACCUCAAGAGUCAACCUCUUCGUUCACCCAAUCAUGGAGGAGCUGCAGAGCGGCAUGGUCUCGCUGCAAGUUGGACAAGGUCGAGCAGAUGCUAUCGUUGCACGGUACAUCGAACAUUAUCAUGGCAAUUCACAAGCCGCCAAGGCCUUGUGCAGGGAGCUCCGUCGAGGCGCAGAGGGCCAAGAGGUGCCCGACCUUCUUGACGUUCUCGCUCACUACGACAGGUCGGCAGGCCCUGCUCUUCCAUCGGCCACAAUCAGCCAACAUAUCUCAAACGCAGCGCUCCCUACGCCUCUACUCCCCGGUCCCCUCCGGUAUCACAUCACUCACACGCACUCCACCCUCCACCCAAGCAAUAUUCUCUUGCUCCGCUCCAUCCUUCUCCCCACACGACGCUUCGAUACUUCACUCCCGGACCCAGACUUCGUCACCUCUCUGACACCCUGCCUCCUCACAUCAGGCGCCGACAAGAGGAUCCUCUUCUCCCUACCCGACUCGGGUGAAGUCAUCGAAGCAUUCGAGCCUGCUGCUCGCCCUGGGUUGGUAGAUGGGGGACAUACAGCCCCGGUGCUCGAUGUUGCGCAGCAUCCUCGAGAGAAGAGGGAACUGAUCACCGUGGGUAUGGACGGGAGUGUCAUCCUCUGGGACUUGCUGCUCCGCAAGCCCGUCCUGCAGCGCAGUAAGGAUCAUGCGAGAUUUGUCGUGCGUUGCGUUUGGAGUGAGGACGGAGAGUGGCUGGCGACUGCAGGAUACGACAAGAAGAUAAACAUCUACCAGCGCGAGGUGGGCCAGAGUGAUAGGAUGGACGACGAUACCAAGGAGGAUGGUAUUGAGGUGCAGCCCCUCAAUACCAGCUUGACGCUUCGCCAAAGUAUCGUCACGCAGGGCAAUCCAGAGGCAAUCGUAUUCCUGCCCAACGACGCUCAGCCUCCAGACGUGCCCGGACCGACAUCGCCCUGGCUCGUCUGGACACAGCGAGAGGACUGUCACGUUAACUACCUCCAAGUCGGCGUCGCUGAUGCCCAAGCGACGUCGCUGCGCUUCAACACCAACCCUUCACCGACGGAUACGCACGUAUCCUACUCGCUUCUCUCCCUCGCUCUUCACCCGACGCUGCGCCUUCUCUCCAUUGUAACCGGCUCGCACGCUACAGAAGGGGCGGUCAGCCAGAUCUUACUGUUACCUCUCUUCUCGGGCGAGCGGGUGCAGACCAUUCACACGACGGUACCCAGCUCUUCCUCUUUCGUUCCGCGCCAAGCGUGGUUCACGACCCCCGAAAAUGCCAGUCGAGGGGAGGGCGUUUGGGUUGCGAGCGAGCAUGGCCGCCUUAAGCUGUACGAUCUGGCCACGGGCGAAGAGAAGGCCGACAUCGGAGUGCAUGGCGCAGCGAGUGAAAGCGUGGACGGUGGAGGUGGCGCAGGGAUGAGCGCGGAGGAGAAGGCAAAGAGAUGGAGAAUGGGUACUAUGAAUGGAGUUAUCAAGGAUGUGAUCACUUUGAGCGACGGACGUGUGGCAACGUGUGGCUUCGAUCGUACCGUCAGAAUAUUGGAGCGCGCCAAUUGAACUUGUCCCUCUACCAGCGCGCCUAUGUACAUCUGUUCCAUCAUGCUCGCUCUGCAGCCUACGCCUUGGUAUCCUGCUUUGCGCCACUCUUGAUCUGCCCCUGGAUCGUCUCCCUCACACUCUCUUCAAACCCAAUCAAACUCCCACCACAGAGCUCCUUGAACCUCGCAUUCUUGACCAGCGUCGCAUCAAUGGUAUCCUCGUCUCCUU